GGGAAUAUUGUUCUCGGCGAAUUUCAUGUUUGUUGUCCGAAUCCAGGAUUUCGUGCUGGAAAAAGGAGUUAAGAGACAAUCAUAUUGUCCGAACAAGAUGCAACCGAGUUUGCAGAAUUCGCAAUACAGGACUACAAUGAGAAACAUGUUUAUUUUUUAUUUUUUCCACAUACUCGUUGGUAACCUCUUUCUUUCUUUCUUCUUCAUUUUUUCUAUUCGCUUGAUAAAUAUAAAAAUCCAGGGAACAAACUUAAAGCUUGAAAUGGCUCUAGAAUGCAAUAAGUUUGAAGGCCUUGGUGUCUUAAUGGACUUCACUAAAAAGAAGAGGACUUGGGUGCAUAUGAACUUGGUGGCUAGAGUGGGCCCCAAAGAGGAAUUACUCGUUUUCUUUGCCGAGUUCUAUUUACCUGAUGAUGAGUAUGUGCUUGCGACGUUGGCACUGGUGAAUACUUGGGACCGUCAGCCUGUUAGUAAAAAGGAUGAUAAAUUGUCCGAACAAGAUGCAAUCGAGUUUGCAGAAUUCGCAAUACAUGACGACAAUGAGAAACAUGGAACAAACUCAAAGCUUGAAAUGGCUCUGGAAUGCAAUAGGUUCGAAGGCCUUGGUGUCUUAAUGGACUUCACUAAAAAGAAGACGACUUGGGUGCAUAUGAACUUGGUGGCGAGAGUGGGCCCCAAAGAGGAAUUACUCGUUUUAUUUGCCGAGUUCUAUUUAUCGGAUGAUGAGUAUGUGCUUGCCACGUUGGUACUGGUGAAUACUUCGGACCGUCAACCUGUUAGUAAAAAGGAUGAGCUGUGGUGUCGUUUAUGCCCAGAUGGUAUUCUUCAUCCUGUGGAAGGGUGUUUUUUUUAAUUUCUACCCACCUGAUGCUGCAGUUGAAAAUUUGCUGGAAAAAGGGCAUGAAAAC